AUGGCGGAGGCGAAACAACCGCUCGUUGAGAUGGCGGAAGCGGGGAAGGGGAAAAGGUGGACAGGUGGAGUUACGGGGAGUGAGGGACAGGCGGAUGCGACUGUCGAAGCGGAUGUUGCGCGGGGAAGAGAAGCAAAGGGAAGAGGCGAGACAGGGGCGGCAUCUGCGGGUGGAGUUAGCGCCGCUGCUGUGAUCGUUGUGGCUCAGGGCAACCUAGGCGCACGCCUGCAGGCGCUUUGCCUUGCGCCCGCCGUCAGCGCGGUGUGGGGCGCGCGGAAACUGGGGGAAGCAGUCUCGGGGAAGGCGGACGGGGAUAAGGCGGGGGAGGUGGCCGUUGUCUGGAGUGACUCAGCAAUUGCGGAUGCUGACGUGGACGGAAGUGCUGGUGCUGAAUUUGCUGGCGGCCGUUCCAAGAAGCGACCCACUGGGGAGGGGUUCUUGGAUUUAUUCAGCGGGUUUCCCGGUGUAGAUGCAUUACGGUUAGACGAGAAGGAUAAGGCUGCUUGGCCGAGUGUGACUGUAACGGGAGCAGCCUCUGCUGAUUCUCUUUUAGAGUCACGGACAUUGCUGCAAGUCUCACUGCCAGCUUGUGUAGAAGUGGUGUCUGAAUCGGCCAAUGAGAGCGCGAAAGUUGGCAGCAGCAACAGUAGCAGUGCGGAGGUGCCUGCAUUGACUUUGUCACUGUGGGUCCCUACAGAACUAAGCCACGUGGCAAGCAGGGAUUGGACGCCCCCCGAGGCAUGUUCCGCCCUCCUCCUCUUCCAGUCGUGCCUGGGCGCUCUGCAGCCCUCGCCACGUGUCAGCAGAUUACUGGAGGAGGGAGCGCUGGGGGAAACGGGAGCAGCUGCUGGGAGGUCUGAGGGGGAGAUAAAGGAGGGUGGGGGAGGACGGGUAAAGGGGGGAUCUAGGGAGAGACUAGCUCGUAGCACGGCUGUGUAUCUGGAAGCCAAUCAGGUGAUGCCAAGUGGCACGUGCGGAGGGUGCCCUGAGGACCCUCUACUCAACUGCACGCUUCGCACGCUGACGUGGCGCUACCUGCGCGUGCCGUCCAACUCGUCUGACGUGGACUUCACUGUAGCAGCUGCCUCUGCUACAGACGCUGCUACAGUCGCAGGCACCUUCCAUCCCCUGCGCGCCCCCCUCCUCCUCCCCCACACUGCUGUCAGAGCGGCCAUGGGUUGCCCCUUGAGAAUACCUCCCUCCUCCUCCCCCCACCUUUCGUCCUCCUCACCCUCGUCUCCCAGCACCACCUCUGCCUCCUCCGAUGCCUCAUUCCCACCAUCGCCAUUGUCGUCAACAUCGUCCCGGCGAUUGUUGGCGCUGAAGGGAGGGGAGAAGGAGCAGGGAGAGCGGGAGAGGAAGCCUGGAUCACCAGCUGACACCACUGCGAAUGACAGUCCUGGGAGCAACAGCAGCGAGAACAGCAGCGGUAGUGGGACGAGCGGGGCGGAAGGGCACGAGUGGAGCUGUGGUCAGCUGGAGCUGGCGGAGCUGCUGCUGCUGACCAGGGCUCGUGGGCUCAUCCACUCGCGGCCCUCCAUAGAGGCACUUUUCAUUGCUGCCCAGGGAAGACGGCACCGGGCGAGCCACAGCAGCAGUGCGGGGGGAGAUGUAGAAGCCUCUGUAGAGGCAGCUGCAGCCCUUGUGACUGUAGACCCCUCGGCAGCAGCGUUUGUGGUGGAGGAGAGUGUGUGUGCUGCCCCACGUGCCGCCGGGUUUGUCAACCAGAAGUUCCUGCAGCAGAUGCUCGUCGAUGAGGAGCUCAAGGCAGUGUACUGCUCGGUGCCAAAGGUGGCCUGCACGAGCUGGAAGGUGUGGUUCCGGGAGCAGCUGUCCAAGCGGCUCGGCGGUAACAACUCGCCUCGCGUGAAGCUCUUCGCACGCACCUCCGUGCACAGCCCACUGCAGAGCGGGCUGAGCAUCAUGGGGUACGGGUUUGAGGAGCACGAGAACAUUCGGUUUCUCACGCGGCCCGACUUUUUCAAGUUCUCGUUUGUGCGUAACCCGUUCACACGGAUUGCGUCGGCGUAUCUGAACAAGCAUGUGAAUGGGGUGGGCUUGCACGGCCGCCAGUAUUGGAACGAGGUGAGGGUGGUGGACAAGGUGGGCUUCUUUCUCCUUCCAUUCUCUUCCCCACUGUUCAUGUCAACUCCACUCUGCAUUCCGUUCAACCCCGACAUUCCCCUCCCCUGCCUCUCUCCCUCGCUGCAGCGCUUCUUUAUGGGAAUCCCGGCGUACAAGACGCUCAUGAAGAGCCAGAACGGCAGCGACUUCAUCCCCUUCUCAACAUUCAUGUCAUUCCUCCAGCAACGAGCCACACGCUGCGUCGAGUGCAUGGACCCCCAUGUUCGCCCCCAGGUAUUUUCCCCCACCCUUUCCCACCCUUCCCCUCUCUUGCCUCCCUUUUUCUGA